AUGGAGAGAGGAUUAUUAGAAGACCUGUGCCGAGGGGCACGAAUCCCAGUAACCAAAGCUGUGCUGGUGGCGGGGUUCCCAGAAGAGAUGGAACCAAAUGAAAUUGAGGAAAGCCUAGAUGCAGCUGAAAUACUGGGGAGGGUAAAGGUCCACACCCGUAUUUACAACCGCAAAGUGAAGGGCAUGGUAGCACUAUGUACUCACUCCAAGGAAGCAGAUCUUGACAAAGUGCCCAAAGAGGUGAAAGUAGAAGGUAUCCCCUGGACAAUUCUCGGGGCAGAGCAGUCCCCUCCUAGUGUGCCUGAGUCACUUGAGGUGGAUUCUUUAGCACAGAAAUUGCAAGCUCUGAUGGUAGAUGAGAAGCGGACAAGAGAAGAAUUAAUUUUAGCAUUAGGAGGGGAUCCAACACCUGCAGCACCCAGCCUGGUGGGAUGGGCCAAAGAGCUGGGAAAUGCUCUCAAAGAUGCAUUGAAGCCGGUACAUGAAAAUUCUCCAUACAAGCGGUUACGUUCAUUCUCGGGGGUGUCACCUGUACCAUCAGGGGAGGAUGAUUAUGAAACCUGGAGGGAUUUUACGGUGCCACUUGUCCAAGAGUGGGAAUGCUCUGAUGCUGAGAAGCGGAAACGGGUGCUUGAGAGUCUGAGGGGACCUGCCAUGCGAAUUAUCCGAGCCCUGAAAGACUCACAACCAGCCGCCACAGUGCAAGACUAUUUAACCGCUCUUGAGAGUGUCUACGGUGCUACUGAUAGCAGUGAAGACCUGUAUUAUCGGUUUCGCCAUACCUAUCAGGAGCCCCACGAACGAUUGUCUGAUUUCAUCAGGAGACUAGAGGAUUUGCUACAGCAGGUAGUGCGGAAGGAGGGUAUCCCCACCAAGCGCAUUGAUUUCGCUAGAUUGGACCAAAUCCUCCGGGGCACCCGACAAGAUGGGUUGAUGUUGUGGAAACUGCAGCUGAGGGAGCGGGCCCAAGACCUACCCCCAUUCCACAAGCUCAUUCGAGAGAUACGUGAGGAGGAGGAGCGAUUGUUGCAAGCGGAUGCAGUGUUGCAGCCGAAGACGGCAGGGAGUCACACCACCACAGUGCUUGGAGAGAUGGAAGAUGCCCCAUCAGUGGCAGCAGCACUGAGAGAUUUGACCCGAGAAGUGGCCAUGAUGAAAGCUCAGGGACAUACUGUGCCAUCCUCAAGAGAGGAGAGUAGCAGGAGGGGUGAUAGCCAGCGUGAAGGUUUCUGUUAUAACUGUGGAAGAGAUGGUCACUAUGCCUUCGACUGUCAAAACAAGACAGAUCAUGCAAGGAGGCUACCCACAUGGGCUGAUAGGCCCCCAGGCUAUAGUACCUGUUCGUAUAGAAGGACGAUUGUGUGA